AUGGAGACCCAAGUUUACAUGGAGUGCAAUCGAAACCACGCCGCCCAUCUCGGUGCUUACUCACUAGACGGCUGCCGCGAGUUCCUCUCCCAAAACGAGGAUGAGUACUCUUGUGCAGCCUGUGGGUGUCACCGAAAUUACCACCGCCGUAUCCCGCUAAUCGACCUUGAGACCGAGCCGGUGCCGGUCACCGUCGAAGACGGCGAGGGGAGUGGUGGCCGUGGUCGUGGACGUCGUCUUGGACGGCAACGUUUUAACUUCAGCCUUCGGGUCAUCAAGAAUAUCGCCCGCUUACGUGGCGAAAUGGUCCGGAGUGAGCGCCCCCAGCCCCCAGCCCCUGUGCCGGCUGACCCUCUGGGGUUCAGGGCCAGGCCCAAGAAGGCGAGGUUCACCGUGGCUCAGCGUGAAGCGUUGCUGUCCUUGGCCCAGAGGCUCGGGUGGAAGAUGAGGCACAGGGGUCAUAAAGCCGAGGUGGAUCGGGCCAUCAGCGAGAUAGGCGUGUGUCGGCGCGUCUUCAAGACUUGGCUCUACAACAACAAGAGGUUUUACCAUGUCCGUGAAGCAGCCUCCUCCUCCCAUACCCCAUAG